ACUGGGCUCCCGGGAAGAGAGAGGAAGCCCCCGCCGAGCCGGGCAGCGCCGCGAUGUUUCCCCUGUGGAAGGCCAUUCUGUCGGAGAGUCUCCUGGGCUACAUUUCUUGGUCUCUUUACCAUGCACUGCCACCGAUGAUCUACUACUUCCCCCUUCAGACACUGGCACUCACGGGCCUAGAAGUUUUUGCUGUUGCUUUCUUUUCUCCAAUAUUCUUGACAAUUGGCCCUUUUUGGAGGUUGGCUAACAAUAAGUACAUCUUAGUCUUUCUGAGAUUGACUAUGGUUGGAAGCUUAGCAUCAUACCAGGCACCAAAUGCUUCAAUUAGACUAUUCAUCUUGGCUGUUGGUGUUUCUUCUUCAUUGCUGGUUCAAACAGUAACGUGGUGGUCAGGAAACAGUUUACAAAGGUUCAUCAGGAUAUGGGGCUUCAUGCUAGGCAAGAUAAUACUCCUUGUUCUUCGCAUCUGGUACACAUCACUAAACCCAGUCUGGAGCUCACAGGUUGCCAAUACUGUCAUUAUGAUAAUAGGUUUUAUAGCAGCAGUGGAGCGAAUUUAUUCAGGUGGAGACAGGAGGAAACAAGAAGCAAACAAAACUGGUAAUGCGGUUAGAGAGACUGCUUCCCAUCCUUAUUGGCUUUUAUCUGGGGUUGCUUUUGGCAGCCUCAUGUUCCUCACCCUGUGGAUAUUUGGGGAGGUCUCAUUAAUUUCUAGAUGGGCAGUAAGUGGACAUCCACAUACAGGUCCAGAUCCUAAUCCACAUGGAGGUACAGUUCUGUUGGGUUUGGCUCAGGGACUGAUGCUUUCAUUUUGGAGCUGGUCUUCUCUCAUCAGUUUUGCCUGGUUUCUCAUAGGUUUGGCAUCUUCAGCUGGUCUUCUUUAUUUACACACCUGGAGUGCUGCUGUUGCAGGCAACAUUCUUGCUGUCUUUACUAUGUCUGUGUGGCCUCAUCUAGCUGGACGCUUUGCUAGCUGUCUGCAUCCUGGGAAAGCCAUGAGUACAGCCAUGUUUGCCUAUGUUCUUGAAUUAUUCUUCUGUGUAUGGUGUACAGCUUAUAAAUUUGUACCUGGAGGAGUUUACAUUAGAGAAAGCUCCCAUCUUCUUUUAGGUUUUAUCAUGUUAUGUAUUGGGCUAGAAUUUCUAACAGGACCCAAGAAAGACCUUAGCUCUACCUUUGAAGUGAAAAGCCAUCAAAAGCCACUAUUCAAAAAGACUAAAAACUAUAUUAAACUAUUCUUGUGGCUGUUUGUUGGUGUUGGUUUGCUUGGACUGGGUUUACGUUAUAAAACUUACCGGAAGAAACUGGGCCAAGGGGUUCCAAAACGAGACUUCUCUGCUAUGAUCUGGCCUUUUAGAUUUGCAUAUGACAAUGAAGGAUGGUCUAAUUUGGAAGGAUCAGCUAAUUUGCUUAAUCAGACAGAAGCAGAUUUUAUCACUAUUAUAGAGAGUGAUGCCUCUAAGCCAUUCAUUGGAAACCACGAUCCAACAAUGUGGCUAGGAGAAAAACUAGGAUUUUACACAGAUUUUGGUCCAAGCACAAGAGAUCACACUUGGGGGAUUAUGGCGCUAUCAAAGUAUCCAAUUGUAAAAUCAACCCAUCACCUCCUUCCGUCUCCAGAGGGAGAGAUUGCACCUGCCAUUUCCCUGACGGUCAACUUCACAGGGAAACUGAUUGAUUUCGUUGUCGCCCACUUUGGAAACGAAGAAGAGGACUUGGACAGAAAACUCCAGGCAAUAGCUGUUUCAAACCUAUUGAAGACUAGCUCUAAGCAAGUUGUAUUUCUGGGGUACAUCACUUCAGCUCCUGGAUCCAGAGACUAUACUGAAUUAAUAGAAAAUGGAAAUGUCAAGGAUAUUGACAGUACAGAUCGUGACAGAUGGUGUAGCUAUAUUAUGUAUCGUGGAGUAAUAAGGUUGGGUUAUGCCCGCAUAUCUCAUGCUGGUUUAAGUGAUUCAGAAGUCCAGAUGGCCAAAUUUAGAAUCCCACAUCAUGUGGAUAGCUAUGCUGACAAUGACAGAAUUGUCACUGAUCCCAGCCAAGUUCCUAAGGACAUCCAUUUCAAUCCCAGGUUUGGAUCUUAUAAAGAUGGACAUAAUUAUGAGCAUAUUCAUCACUUUCAUAUGAGCACUCCUAAAUAUUUUAAACAGGCGAAUUAGAGUGAGAAAAUAACAUACUGUUGGGACCAGCAAGAAAGGUUUGUUGCUUGAAGCUGAAUUGGCACUCAAAAAGACUGUGUUGUUUAAGGAUGAGCAGUUCCCAUGCUGCAUAACACUAUGAAAGUCCGUCUAACAGUUGGGGACUCUUCUCUUUAAUGAGUUGCCAUCACUGUGGGAGAGGGAAGAUGCCUGCAUUUUGAUAAACUGGUAUCUACCUGGGCCAGAUACCUGCUUUGUAUGCAGCAAAGCAAGGGUGGGAACUUGCUUUGGCAAUAAGAUCUUCAACUUUUGUGAAGGUAUCCUACAUCCUGCUGUUUCAGAGUUGAAUGUGUCUAUGCACCUUUUUUUAAGGUCCAGAUAUGACCCCUUUCCUCUCCUGGACAGUCAUUGGAACAGUCAUGGGCAAGGAAUUUCAGCAGACUUACACAGUUUUUGAUGACUGAGGCAAAGCAAAAUAAUGUGGUAGUGUAGGUCACCUGUUAAUACUUGCUGCAAUUUGUAGUCCUGCUACUAUGGCAAUAAAAAGCUUGGCCUUAGGUUUUCAAAAUAGGAAUAGGACAUUUUUUUUAAUUGGGAGAUGUGCUGUAAGUAUGUGUUUGAACUGUGUGCAUUUUUGUCUUUCUCCAACAGUGUUUACGUCUGCUGCUAUUCUACAUUUUAUUCUUAAAUGAGUUUUAUUAGAACAAUUUGUGGAUGAUUGAUGUUCAUAAUACUGGAGAAAAGGCAGUGACUUUUACAAACUUCAUCUUUUUUUAGCUGGAUAUUAGCCUCUGCAAUGCUUUUACAAAGGGAAGAGUAAAGUACCUCUGAACAGUUAUUUUUGUGAGACACUUACCUGAACACACUGCCAAAGAAUUAAAAACAAUUGUCUCAACAU